ACUUAAUAGAGGCAGAUGUGUAAUAAUAGUUACGAGUGGGGUACAUAUUUACAGGCCAGCUUGCAAUAUCUACCACUACUACUAUUUGUAAAACUAGUAAAGAACAGUGGGUUUGGUUUUAUGCAGUGCUGAAAAAGGAAAAGGAGUCACCUUUUAUCAGCUCUCUCCAACUCAAACCCAGAAAAAGAAUACAUUUUUUUUAGCAGAUUCUUGUUCUCUCACUGAUUAAUCAUGCAAGAAGACGAAAACAUGGAAGAGAUGUUUGUUCCAUUUCGAGGAAUCAAGAAUGAUCUUCGAGGGCGGUUGAUGUGUUACAAACAAGACUGGACUAGUGGUCUCAGAGCAGGUUACAGGAUUUUGGCCCCCACUACAUAUAUAUUUUUUGCUUCAGCAAUUCCAGUAAUUUCAUUUGGAGAACAACUGGACAGAAAUACUGAGGGAGUUCUCACAGCAGUUCAAACUUUAGCAUCUACUGCUUUAUGUGGAAUUAUCCACUCCAUAAUUGGUGGUCAGCCUUUGUUGAUUCUUGGAGUUGCUGAGCCUACUGUGAUUAUGUACACAUUCAUGUUCAAUUUUGCAAAAAACAUACCGGAUUUGGGACCAGAGCUCUUUUUAGCAUGGUCGGGAUGGGUAUGUGUGUGGACAGCUUUAUUGCUAUUCCUGCUGGCUGUACUAGGGGCUUGCACCCUAAUAAGCAGGUUCACUCGUCUUGCGGGCGAAUUAUUUGGCUUUCUUAUUGCAUUGCUCUUCAUGCAGGAAGCAAUAAAGGGAGUUGUUGGCGAGUUUUACAUCCCCGAAAGGGAAAACCCAAAGUCUAUUGAGUAUCAACCCUCAUGGAUAUUUGCAAAUGGGAUGUUUGCUUUGGUUUUGUCCUUUGGUCUUCUACUCACUGCAUUAAAGACCAGAAAAGCAAGAUCUUGGCGGUAUGGGUCUGGUUGGAUGCGAGGCUUCAUAGCGGAUUAUGGUGUGCCUUUCAUGGUUUUGGUCUGGACAGCUGUGUCUUAUGCCCCAGGAAAAAGAGUUCCAAAGGAAAUCCCUAGGCGCCUCUUUAGUCCAAAUCCAUGGUCUCCAGGCGCUUAUGAGAAUUGGACUGUUGUGACGGAAAUGCUAAAAGUGCCAGUCAUUUAUAUAAUUGGAGCGAUCAUUCCAGCAACAAUGAUUGCAGUGCUGUAUUAUUUUGACCACAGUGUAGCCUCACAACUUGCUCAACAGAAAGAAUUCAAUCUGAGAAAACCACCUUCAUACCAUUAUGAUUUACUUCUAUUGGGGUUCAUGGUCAUAAUAUGUGGUCUCAUUGGUAUUCCUCCUUCCAAUGGAGUAAUUCCACAAUCUCCUAUGCACACGAAAAGUCUAGCCACGCUUAAGCAACAGUUGCUUCGCAGUCGAUUAGUAGCUGCAGCCAAGAAAUGUAUGAGUAAGGAUGUAAGCUUGGGGCAAGUGUAUGGAAGCAUGCAAGAAGCAUAUCAGCAGAUGCAAAGCCCACUUCACCAUCAAGCUUCAGCUAUGGGAUUAAAGGAAUUUAAAAACUCAACAAUUCAAGCAGCUUCAAGCACAGGCACCGUAGAUGCUCCAGUUGAUGAGACAAUGUUUGAUAUUGAGAAGGAGAUAGAUGAUUUAUUGCCAGUCGAGGUGAAAGAACAGCGUGUGAGUAACUUGCUUCAAUCUACAAUGGUAGCAGGGUGUCUUGCAGCAAUGCCUUUACUGAAAAUGAUCCCAACCUCAGUUCUCUGGGGCUAUUUUGCCUUUAUGGCCAUAGAAAGCUUACCGGGUAACCAAUUCUGGGAAAGGAUUUUAUUGCUCUUCAUAGCUCCAAGCAGAAGACACAAAGUGCUUGAGGAAUGUCAUGCCACCUUUGUUGAGACUGUACCUUACAAGACGAUUGCAGCGUUUACAAUCUUCCAAGCUGCUUACUUGCUUGUUUGUUUUGGGAUUACAUGGGUUCCUAUGGCUGGGGUUCUUUUCCCAUUAAUGAUCAUGCUUCUAGUUCCUGUGAGACAGUACAUUUUGCCCAAGUUUUUCAAAAGUGUACAUCUUCAAGAUUUAGAUGCUGCCGAGUAUGAGGAAGCACCCGCCUUAUCAUUCAGCCUAGCUUCAGAUGGGGAGAUAGGAAGAACAGCUUCGUUUGCUGACAAGGGAGAGGUGUUUGAUGGCAUAAUCACUCGAAGCCGGGGCGAGUUCAGGCGUAUGUGCAGUUUCAGGGUGACAAGUUCUGGUUCAACACCAUCCAAGGAAUUCAGACGCGUGCAAAGCCUGGUGACAAACCCCACAGCAACAACAUCAAAGGAUUUUAAACGUUUGCAAAGUCUGCAGAUACCACGGCAAUCAGACUUGGUGCAUAGCCCCCGUGCAAGUGAGCUGAGUCCUCGGCUUAGUGGAAGAGGGUCUUUUAGUCCAAGAACCGGAGAACUAAAACAAUCAAAUCUAGGGAAAAGUGGUUAGCACCGAAAACUCAGAUGUGAAAUGAAAUUUCAAGCACCACUAGCAAACCCCCCAAAAAAGAUAUACCAUAGGAAAUAUUGUCUGACUUAAUGAGACCUUAUUAUUAUUAGAAUGAGAGUUGUCUGAAAAUGCAGGAACUUUUCUAUUCUUCAUUUUUCUGUGGAUGUAUAAUCGUAAAAUGUUUCAUAUUUGUCAAAAUGCAUUCAAGGGAGGCUAUUUUGUACCACAACUUCUACCUAUGAUGAUUCUAAGUAACAUUAAAUGAUUUUUUUUC